AUGAAAGUACACAAUGGUGCUACUUUGAUCAGCUUAUCUUUUAGUGACAAAAUCAGCAUCCCCGAGAAUUAUAAUUGUGUAUUUAAUUUUCAGUUAAAAGUCAUGUUCGAGGUACUACUGCCGUUGAUAGUUGGAUUGAUAUGGGGAAGUACUAAUAUCUGUAUGAAGUAUAACUCUAACAAAAUGCUCAAACUUUUGGCGUUUUUUUUCUUGAAUCAAUUCGCCUCUAUCUUGUUGAUGUUUGGAUUCGGAUAUACACGAUUGUCAAGAGGUGUAGCGAUAGCAAACUCAACAGCUUUACUAGCGUCAGCACUUACAAGCUCAUGUGUUUACCAUGAAAAAAUGAAAUUUAGCGGGUCUGUUGGAGUUGUGCUCAUAUGUGUUGGAACUGGUCUACUCAACAGCUGA